ACCUUCAGAGAGCUGGAUAUUGAACUCCACCAGGAAUGCACAUAUGAUCAUGUAGAGGUUUACAACGGCAGAGAUGCAAAAGCUUCUGUCCUGGGACGAUUUUGUGGCUCUAAAGAACCAGAUCCUAUCUUCUCUACAAGCAACAGGAUGUUCCUCAAAUUUUUUUCAGACAACUCUAUUCAAAAGAAAGGCUUUGAGGCGACCUACACAUCAGAAUGCGGGGGCCAGAUGCGAGCUGAGGUGAAAACCAAGGAUCUUUAUUCCCACGCGCAAUUUGGAGACAACAACUAUCCUGGGGGUUCAGACUGUGAAUGGGUGAUUGUGGCUGAAGAAGGCUAUGGGGUUGAACUCAUCUUCCAAACGUUUGAGAUUGAGGAAGAGGCCGACUGUGGCUAUGACUACAUGGAGCUAUUUGAUGGCUACGAUGGAACAGCUCCACGUCUUGGACGUUACUGUGGCUCUGGGCCUCCAGAAGAGGUCUACUCUGCGGGUGACUCUGUGAUGGUAAGAUUUCACUCAGAUGACACCAUCAACAAGAAGGGCUUCCAUCUACGGUAUACCAGCACCAAAUUCCAGGACACGCUGCACACACGAAAGUAAUCUCCCAGCUCCCCAAAACCCCUUCAAGUGAGAACGGUCUUCCCUUACUUGAGGGACAGGUUUCCACCAUUUGCAAAAAAGAAAGAAAGAAAGAAAGAAAAUGAAAAGAAAAGAAAUAUAUCCAUGGAGAAAAUUCACAUAAACUGGAAGGAGAAAAUACACAGUACACCUCAGAGUGUGAAUCACUCUCACAGAAAUAAAGGUGCUGUCAGCUGCUCGGGGCCUAUGUGGACUAGGCUCAGGGUUAUUGGGGGAACACUUUGAUUUUUUUUUAAAAAAAGGACGUCCAUUCCUGUGUCUCUUUUCUUGUUUUGACCAGCGUAUCUCCAGGACUAACCACUUUGCGGCUUCCCUCUGACUUUUGUCUCCCCCGAUUCUGAUGCUUUAUGGCAGAGGUGUUCAAACAUGGCCAUUUUAAGACUUGUGGACUUCAACUCCCAGAAUUCCCCAGCCAGCACGGCUUCAUGGUUCACUGGGGAAUUCUGGGAAUUGAAGUCCACAAGUCUUCAAGUGGCUAAGGUUCGACACCCCUGGUGUAUGGUUUAAAAUAAAGCCAUUGUUUUACAAAUUCCACCAAGCAAGUUUUCCACCUUUACAAAUUUCACCAAGCAAGUUUACCGGCAGAAAUGUCGGUACAUACAAAUAGUGGAGAGGCUAGCAGGCUGGCAGAAGCUGUGUCUGUUGUAACGAUGUAAUAAAUACACUUUCUUGUAUUUCUAAGCAGAUGCCCAUCAGCCUCUUUCAAUCUUUACCAUUUGUGAUUUCUUUAAAAAUUCUUUCAUCUCCAACAAAAAGAAAAAAAAAUAUGUAACUUGAAAAAUGUCUUGCUCCUUCUUUCACUAACUUUUUUUAAAUUAAAAUUUGAAUUGAAACAAAAGCAAAA